AUGACGACGUCAGUUGAAAAGAGGGCGCGGGAGGAACUAGUAAAUGCCACUCCAACGACGCAGCACGGGGCAGUGGCGCUGGUGGAGGAGGCGAAUAACGUGCUGAAGAAGCCGCGCCUGGGCGGUGAGGCCGAGCGGGACGAGAACAACGACGCCACGGGCUACGCGAGAACCCCCAAGCCGUUCGCGGAAUUUGGAGAGGAGGAGCAGCAACACCCCUCCGUGAAUGGCGUGUCACCCGAUGGCGACGAAAGUGAGAAAGGUGAGAUGGAGACGAGCGACGUUGAUGUUGAGGAUUUGACGCUAUUCACUAGUCCUACACGUGCGAGGCAGGAGGUGGCGGCGCUGGACAAGUGCGGCACGGGUCCACAGUGCAUGCUUGUGCCUCAUCCAAACCAACAUCUGGAAACGGUACAUGCUCGCCGCCGCGGGCCCCACACCGUCGGCGCGGUCACGACAUUGUAUUCCUUGCAACAACUAGAAGAACUCAUUGACGCCGCACCGCUUCCUCUGGCAACUUCGGAUGCGUUGGCAGUAUCUGCAUCGGCGCCCCCGCAGUUACAGUUGAGGGCGGGUGAGACGGUUCUCAUUGUGCUGCAGAACGGGCAGGGGGACGGGGGUGUGGCGCUGCAGCCCGCAACAGAGCUCCUCUCGAACUGCCGUAUCUUUCGCCUCGACCUUGGCGAGUUGCCGCUGUGUGAGUAUGAGGAAAAGGGUGCCGAGACGCGCCUGAAUGGUCGCGCGGAACAGGGUGUUGCGACCGGUCUCCUGCCGUUGUUCCAUACCGACUCCCUUCUUUCGCUUGGCACACAGGGACCUCACAAUAUCGAACAUGCCCUGCGGCGGGUGAGUUCGCUGCUUCGCGCGGACGAGAUAUUGAACCCGAACGAAGCCGCCUUGUCCGUCCCCUUAAUAUCUGAAAAAAAAGGUGAUGCCAGUAACAAAUCCCUGGAUGUUGCCCAGCAUGAGAAAGGCGAGGAACUCAUUCUCCCUGCCUUGGUCAUGUGGCGUGCCGACGGCGGAGCUGCGGAUGAGUACUGCCACAAGAAGGAGAACCAACACGGCAGCGCCCAGAGCAAGUGCGAGGGGGAUGCACAGGUGCCGGUAGCUGGCACGCGCCGUCGUGGGUGGCCUUUGGUGGUGAAGGAGUUCACUGCAUUGGAUCAGCUGCAUUCGUUGUCAUUGCUGACACCAGUUUACACAGUGGCACAUCUUCUUCGUACGGUGUGUGCGAGGGCGCUCUUCCCGGACGGUUCCACAGCAGCUGCCUCCGGCACCCGUUCCCUCAUUUACUUUGGGGCAUCCUGGUGCCCACCUUGCAUGCGGAUUGUCGGCGCCCUUCCAGCUAUGAUGAAGGAGGACUUUCCUAGCAAUCUCACGUGUGUCGUGAAGGCUGACAUGGACCUUGCCACCCCACUGUUUGAGUUUUUUGGGGUGGCGAUCAUCCCGACGUUUGUCAUUCUUGACAACGACGUGCUUCGAGCAGCUGGGGACUUGGAGGCGCUCCGUGACGCCACAAUUUCUGAGGAGGCCCUGUCGCAGUUUUCUGAGGCCCUGCGUCGAAGCGAGCUAGGACGCAUCCAGAACUCCCAGCGUAUGCUUGUGCGCAUUUUCAUCGAGAGCCACACGGGUGCGUUGAAGUUUGAUGAGGACUUCUAA